AUGGAAAUAUUGAAGAAUGGCAAAGCUGCAGAUCGAAGACGAAACCCUCUCUCUGAUCGCACCAAUUCUAACACCCUAUCUUCUUCUUCUUCUUCUUCCUCAUUCAACAAACCUCUCACUAAACGCGAUUCUUCGUUAAUUGAAUCGUUUUUAAUUUCAGUAUUCUACAGCCGAAGAGAUACUUCGAAUAAAAAGAAGGCCGUGGCCAAUCCUAUCAGUGGCAAACCCAUAUCGAAGAUCUCUAAUAUUGCGGUGAAAAGUGAUGGAGUUGAAGUUUUGGAUCUGCAAAAGAUUAAGCCAUUGAGGGUUCCUUGUAGAAAGAAGCUGCAUGAAAAAGACGCGUCCAAGGAUGCACAGCUGCAAGAUUUUAUUGAAAAGCAGAAGGCCUACUUUGAAGAGAUUGAUGAAUUUAAACUGUCAGAAGAGGAGGUUGAAUCCAUUUAUGAGCUGGAUUAA